CAGAUUACCUGAUCCUUGUUACAGUCUGAGCUAAUCGACGGUAUACGUGUCUCUCGAGAUAUUUAAUCUGUUGCUUGAUGCCAUCAGGCUGUCCAACACACCACAAUUCUCAGCCCUCCGAUUUCUCCCUCAUUUCAUUGGCCUACAUGUCAUGUUAUACACUUUGACGUCAGUCGUCUACAGAUUUAUAAUCCUAGUUCCUUGCUAGGUGCGCGAGGCACGCAUCUAUAAUCCCAUAAUUUCUGUUACUCUUAUCCAUAUGAAAGCAGGUCAUAUUAUCUUUCUAGUACCAUUCGAACGCCUACCGAUUCCUUCUCAUACCCAACAUACCAAUGAUGUUUUCUGUCAAGCAAUCAUUCUUACUGUUCCGUCUGUGUCCAUUUGUAUGGUCAAUGCAUUGGCCGGAGAAGCCAUUCGGUACUCAGUACAGUCCCAACGGCAUCCUGGAGGCCUGCGACACUCCUUUGCAAGACAUCGACCACUUCGUCACGUUUUCUACACACCAAUUCUGCCGAAAAUGAAGCUGGCGGCGGAGGCUAAAAAGCAUAUAUUAGGUAUUAUAUGACUUCGCCGUCCAGAUGGCAUCUCCUUCAUUCCCAUGGCAUUUGAUGAAACAAUAAAGAACAAAAUCUCGACGGCAAAGGAUGUGAGGUAGACUAUUAAUAUAAACCCAU